UGGCAAUUUGCAGGAACCCACGGUCAAUAUGAGCGACGUCGCACAGAUCCUGGGGCUUGCGGGGCCUAAGACGGGCGCCAAUGGGGCUGCAGCGGGUGAUCUGGGCCAGCUUAAGCCAUCGGGCGCGUCGCCUUCGGUACGCGGGAAGGCGAGUGGCAGCAGCAGCAAGCAGAAGAAGCUCACUGGCAUGCAGCGCGAGGUGCUCGAGCUACUUGAGAGUAGUCACCGCGCCAGUCACGCUCUGUAUCAGGGUUUUGGCAAAACUAGCUUGAAACAAAAGUGGCAAGAGCGUAAGAAGUCACCAGCUGUCAAGUGGAUCCGCAAGUCCUUCCGAAACCCGGCGCGUGCAGCGUUGGCGGGUGAGAACGGGGAGGAAGGUCUGACGCUUAGUCACUGGGGAAAAGCCCACCUGGAACAGCCCGACUACGUUUUCGCCCGGUUCAACGUCAAGAGCGAGACAACCAGCUGCUCUAAUAAGGAAUACGAGGCAGUGCUAGCACAUCACCAAGACCCAAUGAUGAAGUGGAGUAAAGAGGAGAUGGAUCUGCUGCUGAAACUCUGCCAACGCUUCGAUCUGCGGUGGGUCGUGAUCUCGGACAAGUACAAUUCCAACCCAGUUGCCAAAGGCUCCCCUAGAUCUGUCGAAGAUAUCAAGUACUGCUACUACGAAGCGACGCGAUUGAUAGCUGAAUACCGAGACAAGAAGGAGCUGGAAAGAAAGCAUACGUCUACGCCAACUCCCGCGACGCCAACGUCGUCAACGUCAGAGCACUACAAAUUCAACAUUGAUUAUGAGAAACAACGCAAGAAACAACUGGAUCUUGCCUUCUCUCGCACAGUCGAGGAGGAGAAUGAGAUUCGUCGUCUUAAUGAUGAGCUACGUGGUGUGGAGCAGCAACUUAAGAAGGUGGCGGUCAGAGCUGAUCUCAAGAAGAAGAAGGAGCUGGCUGAUGUGCCAUACGAGAUCAAGCGCACACUCCCGACUGGUGUCAUUCUACGGAGCUCGUUGCUGGCCCUACCUCAACAGAAACACGCACUGAGUGCCAAGCUACUGAAGAAGCUGCAGCUUCUGUUAGAUGAGAUGGGUGUGCCUGCGCGUCCAAUGCCUACGAAACCAGUGUGCGAAACCUUUGACAAGCUACGUCAAGAUGCUGUGGGAUUACUAUCACUGCGGAAGCAUCUGAAGAGUAAACAGAACGAAGCUCAAGCUCUACGGGAUCGCUACCACGCGCUCACUGGACAAGAGUACAAGCCGAUCACAACCGCCGUCACUAUGUCUGAACGACCAGGUGAUGCUGCGCUGGCUGACGGUAGCAACUCCGGUACUUCAGCGGCGAACUAUACGCUUACAGGCAAGACGUCAAAGCACUCGGAAAAGGCUCCUCGCACAGCUAAGAGACGCAGCUCGAGUAGCCAUCCUGGUCUUCCUGCUAAGCGCAACAAGAAAGUGUUGCGUUAA